AUGCUACCCACUGGAGCAAAAGAGACCCAAUUACGUGAGAGCAACAGCCAAAAGGUCCAUCCUCAACCAAUGGAAGAGGCCAUGAAUCAGAAUCCAGAAGCAAUGGAAACUCUAAUAUCUAAAAUUUUUACAAACAUCUCUUCCUUGAAGUCAGCUUAUAUCCAGCUACAAGCCGCUCAUACUCCCUAUGACCCCGAUAAGAUCCACACUGCUGAUAAACUUGUUAUUAGUGAGCUUAAAAAUCUGUCUGAACUCAAGCAUUUCUACAGGGAGAACAACCCAAAACCAGUUUGUGUUUCUCCCCAAGACUCACGUUUAGCGGCUGAAAUUCAAGAACAACAGAGUCUUCUGAAAACUUAUGAGGUCAUGGUGAAGAAAUUCCAAUCUGAAAUCCAGAAUAAAGAUUCUGAGAUCCACCAAUUGCAGCAGCAGAUUGAGGAGGCAAGCCAGAAGCGAGCAAAACUAGAGAAAAAUCUGAAGCUUAGAGGUUUGUCAACCAAAGAAUCUGAAGAUGAAAGUGGCUUUUUCCCUGUUGAUCUAACUCCAGAUCUCUUCACCUCUACUGUGGAAGCUGCUGCAAAAGCUAUUCACGAUUUUUCUAAACCUCUGAUCAACAUGAUGAAAGCAGCUGGGUGGGACCUUGAUGCUGCUACCAACUCAAUCGAACCUGAUGUUGUUUAUGCGAAGAGAGCGCAUAAGAAAUAUGCAUUUGAGUCUUACAUAUGCCAAAGAAUGUUUAGUGGCUUUGAGCUUGAAAACUUUUCUGUCAAAUCAGACAAUAUUACUGUAACUAAAGAGAGCUUUUUCCACCAAUUUCUUGCUUUAAGAGAGAUGGAUCCCUUGGACAUGCUAGGGCAAAAUCCAGAUUCCAUAUUUGGGAAAUUUUGCAGGAGCAAAUACUUGGUGGUAGUUCAUCCAAAGAUGGAGGCCUCAUUCUUUGGAAAUUUAGAUCAGCGAAAUUAUGUGAUGGGUGGAGGGCAUCCAAGGACUCCUUUUUACCAGGCUUUUCUUAAACUGACCAAGUCAAUUUGGCUUUUACACAGGUUAGCUUAUUCUUUUGAGCCAAACGUUAAGGUGUUUCAGGUUAAAGGAGGGAGUGAGUUCUCAGAUGUUUAUAUGGAAAGUGUGAUCAAGAAUCUGAUAAUGGAUGAGAAUGAUGAAAAACCCAAAGUUGGUUUGAUGGUUAUGCCUGGAUUUUGGAUUGGGGGAAGUGUGAUUCAGAGUAAAGUCUAUCUCUCUGGUAUGAAGGUUGCUGAAUGA